GUAAAAAAAAAUACAAAAAACUCUUUCUCUCUCUCUCUCUCUCUGAGUCAAGUGAAAAAGCUACUAUGAACAAACUAAUCUCUCGUAUGAUCCUUGUCUUCACCACUCUCUUCCUCUCAUUCUCUCUCUCAUCGCCGUCUUCUCCGACGAUCCACGACGUUCUCCGAUCAAAAGGUCUCCCGGCGGGACUUUUACCGCAAGAGGUUGACUCUUACAAUCUUUACGACGACGGUCGUCUCGAGGUUUUCCUUGCGCGGCCGUGUCUUGCUAAAUUCGAGACGAGAGUGUACUUCGACACCGUCGUGAGAGCGAAUCUGAGCUACGGGAGCCUCGUCGGAGUAGAAGGAUUGUCGCAAGAAGAACUUUUUUUGUGGCUCUCCGUGAAAGAUAUCGUCGUCAAGAAUCCUGAUUCCGGCGUCAUUAUAUUCGAUAUCGGCGUUGCUUUUAAACAGCUCUCGCUUUCUCUCUUUGAAGAUCCUCCCAAGUGUAAACCUCGAGGCGUUCUGAAGAAAAAGAUGAGAAGAUUUAGAGGAUUUGAAGCUCUAAGAUGAAAAAAAGGGUGGAGGUCUCGAUUGUCCUUUUUGAAAUUUUCGAACGUAUGCACUAAUCUGAAAAAUUAGUAUGCUAAUUAUAUGAGACUAGGUUAGAUUUUUGAUUGAGAGUUCUUGUAAAGAUGAGAAUCCCAAUGUUCUAUUCAAGUAUGUUUUUUUAAGAAAAACAAAUUAAAACUUCUAUAUUUCAUAAUC